AUGUUGGUGAAUGCGCCAUACGCGAUUAUUAAUCGUGUAUUUCAGUUUUUCACAAACGCUUCCAUGAUAGCUGCUUAUCAAGCGUACUGUAUUAACUACAAAGCGAUAAUGGAAUACCUGGAAAACAGCCGAAAGAGCGACGACCGUUUCAACGUUUAUGAAAAAGUGUGUACCAGUGACAGCAGAUGCAACCGUUUGCAACUAGAAGAUUUGCUAAUUUCGCCACUACAACGAAUCACUCGUCUACCGAUUUACAUGAAGGAGAUACUAAAGUUUACGGAAACUGAAAAAGAAAAAGAAUUACUCACGGAAAUUAUGGAAAAAGUUGAGGAAACUUUACAAACUAUCGACGAAAGUAUCCAGUGGUUAUUCAACUUCGAAAGACUUCAAGAGCUUCAAAAACAACUUAUUUGGCCACCUGUGACAGAACUUGAUCCAAAAUGUUACAUUCCAGAGACCCUUAAACUAACCGUGUCUCGCCAAUUUUGCGAAACGUUGAUUGCCCACCCUAGAAGACGGCUUAUUCAUGAAGGUCUGCUUUCGUACAUAGGUUUGGACAGCGUUUCUGCCGAUCUGACUGCUGUUAUUUUCACUAAAAAUAUUUUAGAGAACCAAAAAUCUACGGAGGUUUAUCUGUUUCUUUUCAACGAUAUGUUACUAGUGACAAGAAUUAAAAAGUCGAAUAUGCUAACAAAGGUAAACAAACCUAGUCAGGAUCUACGAAUAACUAAUAUGUACAAGUUCAUCGUAUGUCGCCAGCCGAUUCCUUUGGAUUCUUGUGUAUUCUGCGACAUUGGACCGGUGCAAAUAAAUGGAGACAACAAUCUGAAGAACUCGUUUGCGAUUUUGCAUCUCACUCGUUUUUAUCAGUUGAUCGCGUUGUACACACUGCAAGCGCCAACGAAGGAGAGCAAAGAAACAUGGAUUCAGAAGUUUCAGGAAUCUGUCGACAACUACGAGCUUAUACAGCUGCGGGACAUUCUGCAUUGUACUCACCUGCUUCAUUCCCAAGAUGCGUCAUGA